AUGGGUCACUCACGACGUCCUGCUGGCGGGGAGAAGAAGAGCCGGUUCGGUCGCUCCAAGGCCGCCGCUGAUGUGGGCGACGGGCGACAAGCGGGGGGCAAGCCGCAAGUCAGGAAGGCCGUUUUCGAGACCACAAAGAAGAAGGAGAUUGGUGUCUCAGAUCUUACACUGCUCAGCAAAAUCUCCAACGAAGCAAUCAACGAGAACCUGAAGCUUCGAUUUCAACAUGACGAAAUCUACACUUAUAUCGGCCAUGUGCUUGUCUCCGUCAACCCUUUCCGAGACUUGGGUAUCUAUACCGACCGCGUGCUUGACUCCUACCGAGGCAAGAACCGACUCGAAGUCCCUCCCCAUGUAUUCGCGGUCGCCGAAUCUUCCUACUAUAACAUGAAGUCCUACAAAGACAACCAGUGUGUGAUUAUCUCCGGUGAGUCGGGUGCCGGCAAGACGGAGGCCGCGAAGCGGAUUAUGCAGUACAUUGCCAGCGUAUCCGGGGGAAGCGAUUCGUCCAUUCAGCAAACGAAGGACAUGGUCUUAGCCACCAACCCUCUGCUCGAAUCGUUUGGUAACGCAAAGACAUUGCGCAACAACAAUUCGUCACGGUUCGGAAAGUACUUGGAGUUGGAAUUCAACGCCCAAGGCGAGCCGGUCGGUGCCAACAUCACCAAUUACCUACUGGAGAAGUCACGAGUGGUGGGACAGAUCACGAAUGAGCGUAACUUCCACAUCUUCUACCAGUUCGCAAAAGGCGCGCCACAGAAGUACAGAGACUCAUUCGGCAUACAACAGCCCCAGUCCUACCUUUACACAAGCCGAUCGAAAUGUUUUGAUGUCCCCGGUGUCGACGAUGUUGCCGAGUUCCAAGAUACGCUGAACGCCAUGAAUGUCAUCGGAAUGUCAGAAGCAGAGCAAGAUAACGUUUUCCGCAUGCUGGCAGCCAUUUUGUGGAUCGGAAAUGUUCAGUUCGGCGAGGACGACUCCGGGAAUGCUGCAAUUACAGACCAAUCAGUGGUGGACUUUGUCGCAUACUUGCUAGAAGUUGAUGCUGGUCAAGUCAACCAGGCUCUGACCAUUCGCAUGAUGGAGACUAGCCGAGGUGGUCGCCGCGGCUCUGUCUACGAGGUACCGCUGAACACCACCCAAGCUUUGGCCGUUCGUGAUGCUCUGGCCAAGGCAAUCUAUUUCAACCUCUUCGACUGGAUAGUGGGGCGCGUCAAUCAGUCCUUGACUGCCAAGGGCGCGGUUACGAAUUCUAUCGGUAUUCUCGAUAUUUACGGCUUCGAAAUCUUCGAGAAGAACUCCUUCGAGCAAUUGUGCAUCAACUACGUUAAUGAGAAGCUCCAGCAAAUCUUCAUUCAACUGACACUCAAGGCCGAGCAAGACGAGUAUGAGCGUGAGCAGAUUACAUGGACACCGAUUAAGUACUUCGAUAACAAGGUUGUGUGUUCCUUGAUCGAAGACAAGCGCCCGCCUGGUGUUUUCGCCGCCCUCAAUGACGCUUGCGCGACUGCGCACGCUGAUUCCGGAGCUGCGGAUAACACCUUUGUCGGACGACUGAAUUUCCUUGGGCAAAACCCGAACUUCGAGAACCGACAGGGUCAAUUCAUUGUUAAGCACUACGCCGGUGAUGUCAGCUACGCUGUCCAGGGAAUGACAGACAAGAACAAGGACCAGCUCUUGAAAGAUCUGUUGAACCUCGUCCAGUCUAGUGGCAACCAAUUUGUUCACAACCUCUUCCCUGAGCAGGUUAACCAGGAUGAUAAGCGACGACCACCUACAGCCAGUGACAAAAUCAAAGCUUCCGCAAAUGACCUCGUAGCAACGCUCAUGAAGGCUCAGCCGUCGUAUAUUCGAACCAUCAAGCCCAACGACAACAAGGCGCCGAAGGAAUUUAACGAGGGCAACGUCCUCCACCAGAUCAAAUACCUGGGUCUCCAGGAGAACGUUCGCAUUCGUCGCGCUGGUUUCGCGUACCGUCAAACUUUCGACAAGUUCGUCGAGCGUUUCUACCUCCUAUCGCCGAAGACAUCUUACGCUGGUGACUACACUUGGACCGGUGACGUGGAAACAGGAGCACGCCAGAUCUUGAAGGACACCCGAAUUCCAGCCGAGGAAUACCAGAUGGGUAUCACAAAGGUGUUCAUCAAAACACCCGAGACGCUCUUUGCCUUGGAGGCCAUGCGUGACCGCUACUGGCAUAACAUGGCUAUUCGCAUUCAGCGCGCAUGGCGAAACUACCUCCGCUACCGUACCGAGUGUGCCAUCCGUAUCCAGCGUUUUUGGCGCCGCAUGACUGGUGGGCUUGAGUUGCUGAAACUACGUGACCAAGGCCAUCAGAUCCUGGGUAACCGAAAAGAGCGUAGGAGGAUGAGUAUCCUCGGUUCUCGACGGUUCCUUGGUGACUAUGUUGGCAUCGGCAACAAAGGUGGCCCCGGAGAGAUGAUUCGCAGCGGCGCCGCUAUCAGUACCUCCGAGGAUGUCUUAUUCUCUUGCCGUGGCGAAAUUCUAGUGUCCAAGUUCGGUCGCUCGAGCAAGCCUUCGGGUCGGAUCUUUGUUCUGACAAACCGCCAUGUGUAUAUCGUUGCUCAGAACCUCGUCAACAACCAACUCGUCAUUUCGUCGGAGAAAACCAUUCCCAUCGGUGCCAUCAAGGCUGUUAGUGCUUCUAGCUAUCGAGAUGAUUGGUUUUCGUUCGUCAUCGGUGGGCAAGAACCGGAUCCGCUCUGCAACUGCGUCUUCAAGACUGAGUUCUUCACCCAUCUACACAAUGCUCUUCGGGGGCAAUUGAAUCUAAAGAUCGGCCCAGAGAUCGAAUACAACAAGAAACCAGGCAAAUUGGCCACCGUUAAGGUAGUCAAGGAUGCGUCAGGGGUCGACAGCUAUAAGAGUGGAACGAUCCACACCGGCUCAGGCGAACCUGAAAACUCGGUCUCAAAGCCUACCCCCCGAGGAAAGCAAGUCGCUGCUCGGCCCGUCACGAAAGGCAAGCUUCUUCGCCCGGGAGGUCCAGGCGGUGGCCCGUCCAAGUUGGCGUCGAGGCCUGCACCAGAGCGUCGGCCUAUACCCCAGCCACAGCCCACGCCCCAGGCGGCCGCCCAACCAACCCCAGCACCCAGGGCUGUACCUCAACCAGUUGCAGCUGUGGCUGCCUCGCAUUCCCGUAACUCAUCUGCAGCCUCUGCAAGGGCGCCGCCUCCACCUCCGCCCCCGCCCCCUGCCGCUGCAGGACCCAAGAAAGCAAAAGUCCUGUACGACUUCAGUAGCGACAACAGUGGCAUGUUGUCGAUUAGCGCGGGCCAAAUCGUCCAAAUUGUCUCCAAGGAAGGAAAUGGCUGGUGGCUAUGCAUGAACCUCGAAACCUCUGCACAAGGCUGGACGCCGGAAGCGUAUCUUGAGGAGCAAGUCGCACCCACCCCUCGACCGGCGCCUCCUCCUCCUCCCCCCGUUGCUCCCAGAGCCAGCCCAGCGCCGACAAACGGAUCAGCCACCGUCGCUGCAGCAAAAGCCAAAGCGGCACCGCCACCCCCUGCGAAGCGGCCCAACAUGGCUGGCCGGAAAACGGCACCGGCGCCACCGCCCGCACCUCGUGACAGUGCUGUCAGCAUGAACUCGCAAGGAGACUCCUCUGGAGCAAGUGGUCGCGGUACGCCCAGCAGCGUGUCGAACGCCAGUCUCGCCGGUGGUCUUGCCGAGGCGCUGAGGGCACGCCAAAGCGCGAUGCAAGGGAAGCAGGAUGACGACGACGAUUGGUGA